CCGAGUUCGCCAAAGGCAGGAGGAUCCACCUCCACCUGUCUGUCAGUCUUCAUCUCUCAGUACAAAGGGAACGACGUCUUCCGCAAUUCUCCUCUUUUGGGAACUUACAGAAUGUCCAACAUAUCACCAACAUCAACGUCAUCUCCCGAAGCCCGAUGGGCAUCUAUUACAACCAAUGCUGGAGGAACCACGAUUUGGCGCUUACCUUUGGCAACGACCGUAAAUGACAUCGGUCUAGCCGAGGGCGCUCUUCUCUUCGGAGGAAUAGGAGCCGGAACUGCCAUCACCCUGUUGACAAUUGCCCAUGCAGUGCUCAGUGGCGGCCGUAGGAGGAAACGCGAGCUCAGAUCGAUAGUGGCUGACAACCAGGACAACCCUCAACUGGCCAACGAAUUCGAAAGGAUUUACGCUUCCGACAACAACUGGUGUGGUCUGAGGCUGACGUGUGAGCUGGCGGCGAAGGCUGGAGCCCCUCUGGACGAAGAGGAGAGAAUGAUGCUGUCCUAUUUCAAGGGGGUGGUAUCAGCAGAAGACCUUCAGGAGAUGUCAACACCGCAGCUCUACUAUUCUUACGCCUCGUUCUUGGGCUUCUCCCACGGCUCUGCUGACAAGUGCAAGGAGAUCUACUCCAGAUGCCCCUACUCGGCCAAGAAGAUGAUGAGGGUAUACCGGACGGCUCACUCGAGAUCCCUCCAAAAGAGGCAGCAACUACUGCAGCCGAGCUAUACUCUCUGAGGCUCUUGUCGCAGGCGCCGCUGGACGAGGACCUCGUCCAAAGAUUAUGGAUUGAAGUGUUUUCAUUUAAGUUCGCCACAUCGAGUGCUGCCAGACUUUUGUUCUGCGUCUAACUGGUUGAUAAAUGGAAGUAAAGCCAUAAUAAUCAUAGUAAAAGUAUCGCUGACAAUGAUGAUAGUGAAAUCAAAAGACUGUACGGUAUCCGUCGUCACUUUUUUGUUUCUUGUUACUUCUUUUGAGUGAACACCAUAGUCUUUGGAAGCUUAAAUUUCAAGUCAAUGGCCCCUGAGGGCUUGUUCCAUAUGAACUGGGUUAUAUUUCGAAUAUUAAUACAAUAAUAAUUGACAAAUUUGGAGAUGCUAAACAAACAUUUUGACAAUGUACACUUACAAAGACAACUGAGUGCGAAUCGCAUUCAUCGGAAUGCACAGUCACCCAGGUGUAUAUUGCACUUCGUGUAUCAAGAAAAACUAUUGUUGGGCGGGGUUGGGUGAGGGCGAUCUACUUGUUAAUUAUCGGUGGGUGAGAAAAAAAGGUGGAUGGGGAGUGUAUUAAAUGGGGAAAAUUGUUCUACCAGCUAUUCUCAUGGUAAUUUAAGUUUGGCUAUUUUCCUGACGUAAGUAAUAUAAUAGUAAAUCGUCGUCUCACACAAAGUUAUACAAAAUCUAUCCAUUUCGAAAAAAAAUAGAUUUUUUUUGGGGGGGGGAAGUUAUUGAAAAGACAUUUACAGAUCAUCUUCAAAUAUAAUGAUUAUCUUCAAUAUCAAGAUUUCUGUUGAUCAACUUCGUAGUCGUUACAUUUAUACAUUUCAUGAGGAUCUCGUUUAGAUAUAGAUUUAAAUAAAAGCAGACGUUUGUAAGUCUAUACAUGAGGAAAAACCUCUUUCAAUGCAAGAAGACUGCUGCGACCAAGUACUUCAAGGAAACCACCUAACAACUAAGAUAUUGUCCAUCUAAGCUAAACCUGUCCAGGCAAAUAAAGAAAGGGCUUUAUAAACGCUUGUGGUGAGAAUAGAUAGUGUCUCGGACGCAUUCGAAAUUUUUAUGUACUACCCCUUUUCAAUAGUUGCUUAACAGUUUCAUUAAAGAAGAGGCAGCAUCCAUGAAGAGAUCCUGAAAGAACUGAUGAAAUAAAACUUUAGAGAUGAAGAGUCGACAGAAAUUACAAAUAAGAUUUCGAUUUGUUUUCCCUGGCAGCCCAAUCGUCUCCCUUUCACAAGCGUCCGAUUACAACAAUUUUCAGAAAGUUUUCUAUGAAACAGAUUCUAAACAGGAUUCAGUUUGUUCAUUAUAUUCGCUCUGUAGUACUCCCGCUUACUGAUAAAGCCAUAAAAUAAAAACGUUAGGUGGUCGGCAAUCUUAGACACUUAGGGAGAGUUAAAUCCUUUUACGGCAGAUAUGAAAACUUUUGAAAAGUCAAAAUUAUACAAUGACUGGGAAUCUCUUUACUGUAAGUGGUUGUGAAAACGCCGCGUGCAUACAGGAUGUGGUAUAAGUAUGCUGUGCUUGUUCUCUAAAGGAUAGUGUAAUGUUGGAUUAACAUCUAGCAUGGUAUAGCCUCCUCCAAUAUAUAUAAUCGGUUGACAUGGUAUUAAAAACAAAGAACUGUAGUUAUUAAUUUUAAUAGUGCCUAUAAAAAAUAUACGCAUAUCUAUUUUAUUAACUUUUUUUAUUCAUAGCUUAAGAUAUUUAAAUAAUGUUAUAUCACGUAGUUCAUCUCAGGUUACUUGUAAGCUUGUUGAUCUUAGAUAGCCUUGAAAUUUUGUUAAUAUCGGAGAUGCAAAAUUACCUUAAGACAGGAACCAUUUCUUUAUGUAGAUCAUGACACUAUUGUUAUUUAAAUCCUACAGUCAAGUAUU